AUGCAUCGGCGAUCGAGCAGCGUCGGUGCUUUUGCCGUCGAGGCGCAUUUCGAGCUCGCCACUCUCAACUGCCGCACCGCUACUGCAUGCUGCAACGGCGACCCACUCGCAGCAACUCCCGAAAGCGCAACGAUUUUGUCGCCACUCGCAGCAGCAGCAGAAGCUCACGCGCCGUUGCGCCCAGCUGCGUCGGGCUCGGUGCGCGAUGCAGCCCAGCGGCAGCCGAAAGCACAGCAGAAGCUUAAAGCACAGCAGCAGCAUCAGCAGCAGCAGCAGCAGCAGCCGCAGAAUACGAUUUCCACACCCUCCAAAAGGCGUGGCUUUUCGGGCGGCCCGCGCGACUGA